CCGACCUCUUCGCCUUUGAAAACCCUGUUAAUCAACCCCCGAUUGACCAAUGGCGACCUCCACCAUCACCACAGGCAUUGAGCUCACAUCGCCGGCCAGCGGCAUCAACGCCGCCAGCUCAACGUCCAUCACCCAGCGCGAUGCCGCAUCUUCCCAGCCCGCCUCCCGCCCCGCCUCAGAAGACGACCCCGUCCUCGCGGCGUCGCGCCUAGCCGACAGCUCCGUGCCGGACGGCGGCUACGGGUGGGUGGUGGUGCUGGGGUGCGCGGUGAUGACGUACUGGUUCGUGGGCAGCUCGUACUGCUGGGGCAUCAUCCAGGCGGCGCUGGUGAAGGACGGCCUGUCGUCGCCGGCCACGCUGUCCUUCGUCGGCUCGCUCUGCAUGGCCCUCAUCUCCGCCCUCGCCAUUAUUAAUGGCCGUGUCACGCGCGUGCUGGGUUCGAGGCGGACCGGCAUGCUCGGCGUUGCCUUCCUCGGCGUUGCUGAGCUGAUGAGUAGCUUUUCCGUCACCAAUGUUGCGGGCCUGUUCGCCACCAACGGGCUUGUCCUGGGGCUGGGGAUGAGCUUGUGCUUCAUGACCGUGUCGGUCACUCCCGCCCAGUACUUCAGCCGCAAACGCGGACUGGCCAACGGCAUCGUCUUCGCCGGUGGUGGCCUGGGAGGCGCCGUGACCAGCUUCUGCCUCGACAGCCUGAUCGAGAAUUUCGGACCCGCUUGGACGUUUCGGGUUCUCGGGCUCGCCACACUCGUCACCGGGCUGCCGGCGGCUUGGCUGGUCAAAGAAAGGAUACCGAUCCGAACGGGCGGCUUUGUGGAAUGGAGCCUCUUUAAGGACGUCGGCUUCUUGCUCGUCUUUUCGGCUGGCGCAGUCGGGACCUUCCCGCUGCUAGUUCCUCCCUUCUUCCUCCCGCUCUACAGCCGGGCAAUUGGGCUCUCUUCGAGCACCGGAGCCGGGCUCCUGGCAGGAUUCAACUUUUCCUCCGCCGUCGGGCGCAUCAUGUGCGGCUUGCUUUGCGACAGGAUCGGGGCGCUCAAUACCCUAUUCAUGUCUCUGAUGCUCAGCGCAAUCAGCAUGCUCGCCCUCUGGCCUGCCUCGACCACGCUUGCCCCCCUCGCCGUCUUCGUCAUCAUCAAUGGCGCGGCAAACGGCGGAUUCUUCUCGACCAUGCCCACUGUCGUUGGGAACGUCUUUGGCUCUGCAAGGGUGUCCGUCGCGAUGGGCAUGGUCGUGACAGGGUGGGGAGGAGGUUACUUGAUGGGUGCUCCAAUUGCAGGAUAUCUCCUCGAAGCCUACGGAGGUGCAGACAAAGGCCUUGAAGCAUACCGACCCGCCAUGUUCUACGCCGGCUCGAUGGCGCUUGCUUCUGCAGGUCUCGUAGCUCUCAUGAGGUUUCGCAUGAGCCCCCGUCCUUUGGCAAGGUACUGAUACGAGACUUGUGGGCAAGGAUGCCCAGGGGAAGCCCUUCCUACUUACUGAGGGUGGCACAAUUUUCCAGGAAUGACAGAAUUACAUUCAAUGUCUUCUUAAUAAGUCCCAAAAGUCUAGUCA